CACAACCCCCCCUCCUCGCCCAGGGAGAGCGGGGAUGACACGGAACGGGGCCAGCCCGGGCCCUGAGGCGUUUGUGGGGACCGCCCUCUCCCCGACAGCCCUAAAGGAGCAGCUGCAGCACACACCGCGGCCAAGAGCCCUCACCCAGGGGACAGCGAUCCAGGAGAGGGAAAGAGGGGUGGGACGGACACGCCGCCGUCUUCCCAGCCGUACCUGGCAGCUGACACCAUCCCCGCAGACUCCUCAGGGCUCCGCACCGCCCGCCCAUGGCUCCUCGAUCCGGCCGAGCACCGAAACCGAAGGAGAAAUGGCGCAGGGGGCGGCUGCGGCGCAGGAGGCUGUCCCGGACCCGCCCCGCCCCGCCGCCCGGCCCGAUAUCGGGACAGUACCUAGAGCUGAAUUUUUCCUUUGGCUGGUAGAAUAUCCUCAAGCUGCAACAUUGUUGAAUUACUUGAAGACCACUUGACCUUUUUGAGAAUGGCUCCAUCCGU